CAGUGAUUGGCUGGUGAGUGGACACUUUUUGAGCACAUGUAAUGUCCCUUCAAUGGAGGAGCAAAGAUGGCUGAGAAGAGAAGCAGGAGGAGAAAGAGUCCAGAACAAGAUGCUGUGGAACAUAUAAUUGAGGAAAAAGAUAAAAAAUUCAUUGAGGAAAGAUUUAUCAACCACUAUAAAGGGAGAGGUGUAUUUGCAAGAGAGUACAUUGAACCCAAAAGUUUUGUGGUGGAGUACCGAGGAGUUCUGUCUCUGAGUAAAGGUGCAGAUGACAAAAGCAACAAAUAUGCAUUUGAUUUCAUAUGGAAUGGAAAGCAAUAUUGCAUAAAUGCUUCAAAAGAAGACCAAACACUGGGACGACUAGUGAAUGAUGAUCAUGUUCAUCCAAACUGCAAAGUCAAAAGAAUCAUGGUUCGAGGGAGACCACACUUGUGUCUGUUCGCUAUCAAAGACAUCUUUCCAGGAGAAGAAAUAACUUAUAACUAUGGUGAUUCCUCUUGGCCAUGGCGCUCACUGGCACCUUGUGAAGAGCAAAGUGACCUGAAGGUCCACGAACGUGAGCCAGCAUCAGAAAAGGCAACCUUGGGUAAGAGUGAGGCUGAGAGGACAGGAGUCAGUCUUGGUCUUGUUUCAUCCCAUGAUGAACCAGCACCUUGUGAAGAGCAAAGUGAUCUGAAGAUUCACAAAAGUGAGCCAGCAUCAGAAAAGGAAGCCUUGGGUGGGAGUGAGGCCAAGAGGAGAGGAGUCAGUCCCGGUCUUGUUGAAUCAAAUGAUGAUACGGAAUCUGUGGCCGGCAUUGAGGCCGAGAUGACAGGAGUCAGUCCUGGUGUUGGAUCAUUCAAGGAUGAUACAAUGCUCAAGAGUCAACACCUUACGGAACGAUGUAACUACUUGAUACAGAAUACAGAUUAGGACAGCCUGGAAGCAGUCCUGUGAGGACAGGGACAUACAGUGGGACAAAUAAGUAUUUAGUCAAC